AUGGCUGUGGCGGGAUUCGAUGGUGGGUCACUAAAACUAAGCUCCGUAAAAGCUGUUGUAAAAUAUGAUAUGAUGAUACAUUUGUACAAGACUCAACUGCAAAUCUAUGCUCAAAAGAGAAACUUAAAGCUUUCGGAGUAUUCUCCUGAGUGGCAGACCUUUGAGAGUCCUAAGUUCUAUUCUACAUUGAAGGAAGCUGAACAGGCAGCAGCUGGAAAUGCUUUGACAUCAUUAUCACCAAGUGGAAUUCAAGAGGAUGAAAUUGUGGUUUACAAGAACCUUUUGCAAGAAUUGGUUCAAAAGGAAGGAUUGCAGUUGCCUGUUUAUAGUACCAAUAAAUCUGGUGGUGAGGCUCACAAGCCUAUAUUUACUUCACAAGUGGAGAUAAAAGGGGAGAUAUUUACUGGACAAGAAUCUAAAUCCAAGAAGCUGGCGGAGAUGAGUGCAGCCAAAGUUGCUUAUACAACUUUGAAAGAACGCAAAGCUCGUCUUGGUGGACAACCUCCUGACUGCUCAAAGGAAAAUGUCACAACUGGUCUGCAGAACCAUUCUAAUGGAGAAUCGUCUGUAAGCACUGGAUUAGCCAUCGAGAAUCCACUCGACAGCGAUAAAGUGGUGAAAAAAUUGUCACCCGAAAAUACAAAUGGCUGCUCUGGUGUUUCUAUAGGAUCAAAGUCCAAGGCUACUCCUUCGGUCUCUGACAGCAACAACUUUGAUUUUGAGACAAGCUUUGUGUCUUCAAAUGCAGUAAGUUCCCCAUCGCGCCCAAAAAAGGUCAUUGUUUACUCAACAAAGACAAAUGUUGAAAUUGAAAAGGGUGGUAAUUUGUUGCCGAUUAGCAAUGAUAAGUGGAUUGCUUCCUCGUAUUCCCAUUGAAAUGAUUGGAAAGCUGCAUGUCAGGCUCCCUGUCCAUAUCAUAUUUUGUUGUUCGAAUGUAGAAAGUUAACUUACAUCGAUCAAUGCUUACAAAUUCAACGUACUUUCCUCCAAAUUUAGUGGUACUCGUUAACUUUUGCAUCAGUGUAUUUAAUUUUUUGCUUUUACUUUAUAUAAAAAGACCCGUGCAUUCACACGGGUUAAUUGACUUAUUCGA